AUGUCUGGACGUGGAAAGAAGCGAGCAGUGGCUGGCAGCCCUAGAAGUGCAUCCAAGAAGAGCAGAUCAGCCAAGGCAGGUCUGCAGUUCCCUGUGGGCCGUGUCUACAGGUUCCUGCGGAGCGGGAACUACGCCGACAGGAUUGGCCUUGGUGCUGCCAUCUACCUGGCUGCAGUGAUGGAGUACCUGGCUGCAGAGGUCCUGGAGCUGGCAGGGAACGCUGCACGUGAAAACAAGAAGACAAGGAUCCUGCCCAGGCACAUUCUGCUGGCUGUGAGAAAUGAUGAUGAGCUGAACAAGCUCUUUGCCGGUGUGACCAUUGCUCAAGGCGGGGUUAUGCCAAAUAUCCUUGCUCAGCUCCUUCCGAAGAAAACUAGUGCAAAUGUUGCUUCUCAAAAACAGGGUGGUAGCCAGUGA